GGUCAAUCUGCAAAAUACUCUCUCUCUCUUUGAACUGCUCGUGAAAUAUAUAAAGGAAAUUGGAACCAUUCAUAAUAAUAAAUAUAAACCUUGCCACUAACAACUGCGCUAUAGGUUGUUGAAUCUAUAAUAAUCUAACUUCGAUGUUUAUGUUUAAAAUGACUUGCCUAUGAACAAUGGCCCUACUGCAUUACAGGCACAGGCUAGACAACCAGUCUUGCACACCGUUCCAUAACCUCACAAAUUUUCUAUUUUUACAUUUCAAAACAGGAAAGGUUAAGGUUAAAUUAAAGUUAUUUGAGGAAACCCUACGAUGUAAAUUGUAAAUAUAGCACCGAAAACGAACAGCAAUUAUUGUCCGAACGAUGUAUUCGAAGUAUCAUAAGGCUCUCUGUUCAACAAAUAAAGUAUACAGAUGUCUGUGCAAUGGUUUGGUCACAGACGGUAGCACCCCUGGGGCCACAGCCCCUGCAGGCACUGGCAUGCCCCCAAAAGAUGCCAGGGUCGUUAUAUGUGGAGGAGGCGUGAUGGGAGCCUCGGUGGCUUACCAUCUUGGAAAACUGGGAUGGGGUAAGGAGACUGUGUUGAUUGAACAAAAUCGUAUUGGUGGAGGAACAACUUGGCAUGCAUCUGGCCUCAUAGGUGUGUUCAAGCCAAGCUUGUCUCAAGUGAAACUGACCAAGUCAAGUGUAGAUUUGUACAAAGAGCUUGAGAAUAAAGGACUGUCAACAGGCUGGAAACAAUGUGGUAGUCUCAACAUAGCAAGAACUAAGGAUAGGAUGAUUGUCUUUAAGAGGAUGAAAGCUCAGUCUGUGUCCUGGGAAAUUGACUGUGAGAUACUUACUCCUGAGCAAUGCAAAGAAAAAUGUUCCUUGUUAAGAAUUGAUGAUAUAAUUGGUGGCUUGUGGAUACCUGGAGAUGGUGUAGGUGAUCCAUAUGAAACUUGCUUGUCUAUAAUAUCAGAGGCAAAAAAUAUGGGAGUUCGCGUGAUUGAGGGAUGUGGUGUCAAAAAAAUAGACCAAAUUGAUAAAAGAGUAUCAGGAGUUGAUACAUCCUUGGGCUACAUAAAACUGUGAAUACUUGUAAAUUGCGGUGGGUUUUGGGCUAGAGGUAUCGGUCAGCUCUCAGAACCCAAUGUAAAGUACCUCUGCAUGCUGUAGAACAUUACUAUCUCCAUACAAAACCUAUUCCUGGACUAGAUCCUCUAUUACCAGUUGUUAGAGAUCAAGACGGCCAUAUCUACUUCAGAGAAAACAAAGGUCGUUUACUCGCUGGCGGAUUUGAGCCAAUAGCAAACCGGCUUACGAAGACGGUAAAAUUCCAGCAAGCAGCAAGGACCGAGCAUUGCCUGAGGAUUGGGAUCAUUUCCAUGUGUUAAUGGAGCAAUUGCUUCAUAGGGUGCCCAGUUUAGGCAAUGCUGUGUUGGAUAGGCUUUGUAAUGGUCCUGAGGCUUUUAGUCCGGACUGCAAGUGGAUUGUAGGAGAAACCCCGGAGAUCAGAAAUUACCUGGUAGCUGCAGGGAUGAAAACUAUCGGUAUCGCGGCAGCUGGUGGGGUUGGAAAAGCUACUGCAGAGCUUAUAGUAACUGGCGACACUGACUUUGAUAUGUACGAAUUAGAGGUGUCUAGAUUCUUAGGUCUCCAUAAUAAUAGAAAGUUCCUAAGGGACAGAGUAAGAGAGGUUCCAGGACUGCACUAUGGAAUUAUGUACCCGUUUCACGAGUUCCAGACAAGUAG